GUCGCUAAUCUUGACGGCAUGGGGAACAAGGCGAGCCGCUCAACGUCAGCCUCGCAGACGGCGCUAGAGUCGCUGCUGACUCGUCCCAGCGCCUUACAGCUAGGAAUGUUCGCACUGCAUGCGACAGCGCAUCACGGCGUGCCGAGCAACACCAAAACGUUGGCCUUCUGUGGCCUACAGGGGAUACUGGCAGUGGGCACCGCAUCUGGAGCCGUUAAGCUCUAUGGUGACGACGGACUGGAAGUUCUUUUAGAAGGACCCGAGUCUGCGUCGCACUUGGCGAUAGGCGUCACGCAUCUCCAGUUCACUGCGCGCCAGCGACUGGUCGUUGGGUACACGGACAGUUCCCUACGCGUAUUCGACUUGGCGUCUGGCGCCGUGCUCUGUUGCGUAUCGGACGCCUGGACCACGAGCGUCCUCACGAGUGUCGAGACCUUACACUACACUAAUUUCCCCUUCUUUUUCGUGGCCACGGACGAUGGAGAUGUCCACGUUGUGCACGAGGAGACGGGUCGUGUCAGUACUUACGCCAUCCGACCGCAGGACCUAUCGGCGCCCAAUGCUGAGGGAGUCACAGCCAUGGCAGCCCACCCAAGAGACGGCAAUCUGUUGCUCGUCGCCUACGACACGUGUCCUGCCGUGCUGCUGUGGGACUUUGCCAAGCGUAAAGUGGUGCGCGAGUUCACGCUGUCCGGUAAGGCUCACAAACUGGCAUCUCCGCAAUCGUCACUCCCGCCAGCCGAGUCUUCUGGUGAUGGAGAGUUCAUCUACAAUUCACCGCAAUCUUUAUCCUGGCACUCGAGCGGUAAACGAUUUGUAGCAGGGUACAAACACGGAGGGUUUGCGGUCUUCCGCGUGGAUAAAUCUCACGGUAUGUAUCGAUACGUUGCUGAGACUGCACCUAGUGAGAAAGCUACGCCCGUGAGGCAGAUCAAGUGGAUCUGUGCACCGCCAACCUCCAAAAGCGCUGCUCUUCCGGGCGCUAUUGUCUUUGCUGGAGGUCGCUCAGAGCCUGGAGAGUCCAAAGUGCUCACUCUCGUCCACCCAUCGAGCGAAGGACGCAGCAGCGAGGACACACUGACGGAUCUCGUUAAAGCAGAGAAACUGACUUGGUUUGUGACUACGAUCGAGUCGGCGAAUCACGCAGAAAUCGUCGCGUUCGAGGCCGCACAGGACCAAGUGGACUACAGCGAAAAGAUAGCUCCACUUUCCCUCAUCAUCCUCUCCGGAAACCCACUGGACGGCUGCUUGCCGACCGUAAGUGUGCAAAGCCUGCCGUGUUUUGUCAAGCUCUGCGAUGGCGACAAAGAAGAAUGGGAGUGGCGGAUGGAGCGACUUCCAGAGCCUGCAGUCAUCGCCCCGCUGCUGCAGCUCAGCCCGCUCAAGACGUUUACCCUAGUUAAUCUAUCACACUCGGACAGCACGCUGCAAGAUGAUUUAUACUCGACGUGGAACCAAGCAAAGUACAAUCCUCUGUUCCGCUUGGCUGAGAGUGGAGACUUUGACUGGCCCAUCAAUGGAGGCAGCGUGCUGGAACCGAUGCUCAAGGGCUUCCUCGCUACAAGUGGCGCACUUGACAAUGGAACGGACAUUGCGCCCAACGGUAUGAUGUUGUUGACUGGCCACACGAAUGGGGGCGUGAUGUUCUGGGAAGCUCAAACAGCUGGAGAUCACUUUAGCAAGGGUGCUAUUCGCUUGCUUCAUGUUGUGGAUACACCGCUGCAGAUGUCUCCUGCCCCAGUCAACCCAGAGAUAACCUGUCUGUCAUUCUGCGCCGACUCGCGCACUCUAGUCGUCGGUUUUGCGUCUGGAGAGGUCGCAAUUCUGGAGUUUGAUCAGCUAAAUUCACGUCCGUCGACUAACGAGAGAGAGCGAAAUGUGAACAGGGAAGUGGGCCAAAAGCCAGCAGCAGAACAACAGAGCUCUUCGAUAGACCCAACAGUCCAAGAAGAAGAAGAAGAAGAAGAAGAAGAAAAAGAAGAAGAAGCUGGCUUCCGUACGCUGUUCUCCAUCCAUGUCCACACUGAGCCGAUCUCGAAACUGGUGAUGUCGUCCUUGUAUGGAUAUGUGGCUAUAGCAGACGCAGCUGCCAUGGUGUCGCUUGUCGAGAUCAAGACGCAGAAUUUCCAGCUCUUGGUGUGCGAUAUCUCGCCACUUGGAGACGAAUCGAUGCUGGUGGAUUCCUUGCUGAUGAGUGAACUUGUGCAAGCGACUGAAAUUCCGGGAAGUGGGUCGUCAUCCUCAGAACCCCACGGAAGCACCAGAAGUGGCAAAGAAUCAUCAGGUAUAGCCAGAAGUCACGGCGGUGACACAAACCAGAGCGUGAUACAGCACCGCGAAGUGAUUCCUGUGCUCUUCGUCGGACGUGGCAGCGGGAAACUGGAAAUGUUCCAUAUGCAGUCGGCCACCAAGAUGGGAGAAACGCUGGUGGACCCAGACAAGUCCACAAGUUUGUCGUCGAUCAUCAUGGUAGACGGCGAUGGCAAACGGAUCGAGAUUCCAGGGCGCAAGUGGGUCAAGCAAGUUAAAGCUCGCUUGGAUCAUGAUGCUGCUGCUUCGUCAGAUAUGGUGGAGCCACAGCUGGUGGGGACUGCGCCACAGGUGGACGUUAGUGAUACUGCCACAGAUCAGUCGACUCAGCAAGUGCCAAACGCGGAUUUGGAACUAACGCAGCAGCUUGUGACUGAAGCGAAGAAGGGACGAUUGAUGACUGCAACUACUGAAGCGCCAGUGCAAGAAUCUCCGAGUUGGGAACAAAGAAAUCUCGUUCAAGUUCGCGCUCCUCCAGGCUCACUUGGACUGCAUCUCUUUAUGGAGAUAGAGCAACACGCAGUGGUGAAAGGGUUUGCGGAGGACAGCAACACAGCAGCUUUGUUCACCGCGAAGGGGGUCGGCGCAGGGCACACUCUUACAGCGAUUAAUGGAGUGGAUGUGACGCCCCUGAACCGAGAUUCAGUGUGCCGUGUGCUCGAAGAACUCCGAGAGCGUGAAAAAGCUCUUGUUUUCGCUGAGGGUUUUACUGAAUCUGGAGCUGUCGACGUCCUGGCUGGGACGUCUAGGAGCCUUGCGGAGAUGGAACAACCGCGAUUCUUAGUGUGCGUUUGCGGCAGAUUGAUCCACGUGGUGCUGGCAACUGUCCCUCGAGCAGCGGAGAUGGCGCUGGGUCCAAAGGACAUUCCAGCUCAACCUCUUGCAAGUAUCGAUCUACCUGGUUCUGUGCUUGUCGCUUCGGUUGUUCGAGUGCCGGUGGGCGAAAGUGUCGAGAACUGCCUUGCUGUCGUCGACCAGAGUAAAUGCGUGUACAUUCUCUCGCUUCUGUCAUUAAAGAUGGUCUGGAAGGCGGAAAGUGGCUUUGGCUCCGGUUUGGGUCGCAGUGGUCUAGUAGACGGCAUCCUGUCGGACAUUUCAUACGGUGGGGAGCUUGUGGUCGCCAAUACUCUGGGGGAAGUGGAACGAUUCUCUCUCUUCGCUGAGGCAACAACGAUGGAGAACGCGAUGCUGGAGCGCAAAUCGAUCAAGACGCGCUUACAUUUGGUUGAACGUGCAGCCUUGUUCAAUCAAACAGCGUCUGCUUUAACCACAGAUAGCGGCAAAAAGCGAGGAAUUGCGGCGGAUGCUGGCAAAAUGUUCAAGAAGUUGGUACUUAGCGUCACCCAGGAGGCCACAGACUUGAACAAAGUGUUCCAGUUUUCGACUGAAGAGGACGAACGGAAGCGCCUGAUGGGAGAUCGACCGUCUCAUACCAAAGACACUGAGAGCGCCACUGCAAAGACCGAGACGGGAUUAAAUGCGACAAAGGAUACCCUCAUGCAGGCGCACCAGGUAGAGGCUGAAGUACCAAGUGUAUGCAACUAA